UGAGGUAACCUAGUUAAAAUUCAUCUUACCACAAUUCCCGAAAGGUGCCCACAAAAAAAAAAAAGUACAAAAACCUCAAAAACCCUGCCUAACCCGUAAACCUCAAAAACCUCUCAGCUUCCUUCACUCAUAUGGAAUUCUGAGGCUCGAAUUGCUAAAGCUCGUUCCAGGUUUUUGCCCCUGUUUUUUUGAAAAAAAAAAAAGAAAAAUCAAAAGAAAUUGUAAACAUAAAGCUCGAAUUGCUUCCGUUCAAUCUCUAUCUGAAACUCAAACGCUGCUUUCACUUCAUUGUUGCUGGCCUGUUGCUGAGUCGUCGCGCCGGUGAGUCAUUUUAGCCUGUUGUACUGUGUGAAAAACAUGGAUUAUUGCAGAAGGCGUGACUUUUUGUUCUGUGAUUCAUGUGGGACGAUGUUGUCGCUGAAUUCAACAAAGCAUGCUCGCUGCCCUUUGUGCAAGACUAAGAAACGAGUGAAAGAGGUUGAAGGAAAGGAAACAUUUUAUACCAUUUCUGGAGAGGAUAUUAGAAGGGCAUUACAAAUGGAGCCGUUUGUGAAGGUGGAUGGAGUGAUUAGUGGUGAUGUGAAAGUUGAAAGGCAACAGGUUAACCAACCAUGUGAAAUGUGUGGACACAGCCCUGUUGAGCUGGUUGAUUCAAGACAAACAAGGUCGGCAGAUGAAGGACAGACUAAUUUCUUCGAGUGCCCAUCAUGUAGACAUCGAUGGAAGGAGAACUCUUAGGUCUUAGCUUCACUUUUCAGUUUUGCUGGGAAAACAGAGUAUGAUAUGGAAGCUAAGGGGCAGUUCGACAUUUUAUUGAGUUUACAAUUUUUAGUUUUAUAUAGUAAGUUGUAUAAUGAACUUAAAUUUAGUCAUAUGUAAACUAAUCAGGUUUGUUUCGAAAACUGACUAGUUGUUUCCAUAUUUUAGUUUUUAGUUUCCAAAAACCCCGAAUACCAAAAGGGAUGUCGAAUAGGCCAUCAUUUUCAUUGUUUGGCUAUUUUAUUUGUUAACUUACUUUCACCAUUUCACGGAUACAUCCAAGUAUAAUUUGAAGCUGCCAAAAGAAAAAAAAAAUGGAAGCUACAUUGUUGUCA